AUGCAAACAGAGCCAGAGAACAAAAUGCGACCUUCCGAGUCAGCCCCUGAGUUGCUGAUGAUGGCUGCUCGGGAGGGCGAUUCUGCACGAUUGCGUGAUCUUCUGGGCAACCACGAUGCAACUGCGACUGCAGUUCAGCUCGUUGUGCCCAUGCCUGAAGUCAUCAUCAACAUUGAGGAAAACUCCCUCGCCAUGAGCAGGGUGGACUCAAUUCUCCAUGUGGUUGCAGCUUCUGGAGACACUUCUGAGUUUCUGGAGAGCGCAAGUCUGAUCCACAGCAAGGCCAACCACCUCCUAGGCACCGGCAAUAACAAGGGGGACACGCCCUUGCAUUGCGCAGCCGGAGCUGGGAGGAUCAAAAUGGUGUCUAACCUCAUCCAUCUGGCUAUGGCGGAUGGGGGUGGUGACGCGAGAGUGAAGGCAGUGCUGAGGAAGCAGAACAACAAAGGCGAGACAGCCCUCCAUGAGGUCCUUCGCUUGUCCGAUAAGAAGAUGAUCAGGGGAAUGGUUGAGACGCUAAUGGAGGUCGAUGCAGAAUUGGCUCGCCUCCCGAUUGCUAAUGGCACCUGGCCAUUGUACCUGGCUGUCUCGCUAGGACACAAUGAUAUUGCGGAGCUGCUGUAUUCUAAGGACAAGGCGUUGUCCUACUCUGGACCAGAUGGACAAAACGUCUUGCACGUUGCAGUUCUCAGGAGCCAAGGAUAUUUCUUAUUUUCACGAAAGUCGUUUGAGAUAGCCGAACAACAUGGUUGGCAACCGCAUUGA